GCCAGAGUACACACCUCUGGUUAUUUAUGCCAUGAUACAGUGCAUCUGGCUGCUGUUCGCCACAUUUUAUAUUCCAGAUACGGGCGCUUCAGAUAAAUGGUGCAAAGCUGACCUGUGCCGAGGACAACACGUGCUCUGCGAUGACAAUGGAAAUUUUGACUCCACUUGUCCCAAACAAGCCACAGCCAUGCUGAAAAUGAGCUGGGAUAUGAUAGCCCUCAUCGUGGACAAGCACAAUGAAUAUCGCAACAAGUUCGCCGGCGGAAUGGAUGAGAAUCCGAAGGCGGCGCGGAUGACCACCAUCGAAUGGGAUCCGGAACUGGCCAAAGUGGCCGACGGUCUGGUGCGUCGCUGUGAGCCCAUCCGAGAUCAGUGCGCCAUAACCCCAACCUACAACCAUGCCGAAGUCAGCUACUCGCUGGAAAAGUACUUCUGCAUGACCUCGAAGAAGGAGGCCCUGAGGAAGCAACUCGAUCACUGGUUUGACCCCAAUAGGAAAGAUGAAGUGCAGAAGCUGUUUUUCUCGUGGACUAAAAAUCAGCAGGAACUUUCCACAAACUACUUUCAGGUGCUGAGGGAUCGAGCUAACCGCGUGGGCUGCGCCAUAGUUGAGUAUGUUCGGCCAGCUCUGGUCCACCAGUUGCUGAAGUGCGUCUACAACUGCGGAGUGAGUCUCUGCGAGGAGGAGGAUAAUCCCGUCUACGAGGACACCGACGAAGAAGCCGCAUCUGAGUGCAUGAAGGGGAGCAAUAAACAAUACAAGAAUCUUUGCCACAAGGAUGAGCUCGUCAAGAGCUGCAAUGGCGGCUCACUUUUCGUCGAACCUGAAAAUGAUUAUAACGAUGGUCAAGAAGAGAAUAUGGAAAACGAUUAUGAAAUCGAGUCCACCGUGUUCACACUUCCAACGUACGAUCCAAAUGAUGUGCUGCCAACGUUACCAGACAACCCAGAUUUCAAUCCUUAAAAUAGGUAAGGAUUAGGAUCAGGAGUUUAGAUCAGAAAAUUUAAUUCAUUCCGAACCAAUUGGGAUGCACAACAGUGAGUGAAAGGUGAAAUACACAUCUGACUCUAAUAUAUUAAAUAUGUUCGUAGUAUGGGUUACAAAAUCCGCGAAUUUGAUUACUCUGUAAGCGGAAAUGUGUGAUUCAUAUGCGCAACCCUAAUAUACGUUUUCUGCU